AUGCUCCAAGAUCGAGGACCGAGGAGAAGGAUGGGGCCGCUCAACGUCGCCUCCCCUCGCUCGAUCCGUAGCCAUUCGGGCGCAAGGUUAGUUUCGCCGAUCAGCCUCUGGCCUCGGCGGCGGCUGAGGACGGUGACCAUGUCGAAGAAGACCGCUGUCGGCAUCGACUUGGGCACCACAUACUCUUGCGUCGGAGUGUGGAAGAACGACGGCGUCGAGAUCAUCGCCAACGAUCAGGGCAAUCGCACGACGCCGUCCUACGUGGCUUUCACCGACACCGAGCGCCUGAUCGGUGACGCGGCCAAGAACCAGGUGGCUCGCAACCCAGAAAACACCGUCUUCGAUGCCAAGCGGUUGAUCGGUCGCAAGUUCGCAGACCCCAUCGUGCAGGCCGACAUUAAGUUGUGGCCGUUCAAGGUCGAGGCAGGAACGGGCGACAAGCCGAUGAUCGUUGUGACAGCACAGGGCGAGGAGAAAAAGUUUCACCCUGAGGAGAUCUCUUCGAUGAUUCUGCUCAAGAUGAAGGAGACUGCCGAGGCUUACCUGGGGGCCAAGUGCAACGAUGCUGUCGUGACUGUUCCAGCCUACUUCAAUGACUCCCAGCGCCAGGCCACCAAGGAUGCAGGGACGAUCUCCGGCAUGAACGUUCUUCGGAUUAUCAACGAGCCCACCGCGGCGGCGAUCGCUUACGGCCUCGACAAGAAGGGCAGCGGCGAGAAGAAUAUCCUUAUUUACGACAUGGGCGGGGGCACCUUCGAUGUCUCUCUGCUGACAAUCGAGGACGGCAUCUUCGAGGUGAAGGCCACCGCUGGGGACACACAUCUUGGAGGCGAGGACUUCGACAACCGCAUCGUGGACUUCUGCAUGCAAGACUUCAAGCGCAAGAACAGAGGCAAGGACCUCGCGGGCAACCAGCGCGCCAUUCGUCGCCUGCGGACACAGUGCGAGCGCGCCAAGAGGACCCUUUCCUCCUCCACGCAGGCCACGAUCGAGAUUGACUCUCUCUUCGAUGGUAUCGACUUCUCCUGCUCGCUGUCGCGCGCCCGGUUCGAGGAGCUCAACAUGGAUUAUUUCCGCAAUUCUAUGGGUCCCGUCGAGAAGUGCCUGCGCGACAGCGGCAUCGACAAACGGAACGUGCACGAGGUCGUUUUGGUUGGUGGCUCUACGCGCAUUCCGAAGGUGCAGGCCAUGAUCCAGGAGUUCUUCAACGGCAAGGAGCCUAACAAGUCUAUCAAUCCGGACGAGGCCGUGGCCUUUGGCGCCGCGGUGCAGGCUGCCAUCCUCACCGGCGAGGGGUCCUCGCAGGUCCAGGAUCUGCUGCUGCUCGACGUGACGCCCCUGUCGAUGGGCCUGGAGACCGCUGGCGGAGUGAUGACCAAGCUGAUCGAGCGGAACACCACGAUUCCUACCAAGAAGGGGCAGACUUUCACCACCUAUGCCGAUAACCAGCCAGGAGUGCUUAUCCAGGUGUUCGAGGGCGAGCGCGCAAUGACCAAGGACAACAAUUUGUUGGGGAAGUUCCACCCUUGA